AUGAGGCAAUCAAUCGUCUGGGUUCUCCUGCUCUGGCAGGCCACCUUGGGAGUUAGCACGAAUGCCAAAUAUUACCAGCAAGAGAUCAAAGAACAGCCCGUUCAGAGAGGCGGUCAGAACAAACAUGUCGCCGCUCCAAGAACCGAUGUGGUUAUUGACCAUAACCACCAUCAUACUCCCCAACCUGGUGCGGAACUGGUCGAUGCAGCGAUGGCUGAGCUGAACAAAGCACCACAACCUUCACAUCGUCGAAAGCGAAAGGCGGCAGGUCUCGUCGGAACCGCCCUGCGGUAUAUCCUCAAAGCUAUCCCCACCAGCCCUGUAACCUCGCCAUCCCAAUCCCACGAUUCUUCCGCCACCGGCUCCAUCUCCAAUGCGAUCGACCUUCUCGAGCAAGCCGCGCGGCAAAACAAUUCCGACGCUCUCUACUUGCUCGCCGAGAUAAACUUCUUUGGUAACUACAGCCACCCAAGAAACUUGGACGUGGCCUUCAACCACUAUACCCAGCUCGCCAAUGUGUACGGAAAUACGACGGCCCAGUUCAUGGUCGGACUCUAUUAUUCCACGGGGAUUGGUAAUGUCGUUGAGCGCGAUCAAGCAAAGGCGCUCCUCUACUACACCUUUGCUGCCCUUCGCGGAAACGGUCGCGCGGAAAUGGCUGCGGGAUUCAGGCAUCACGCUGGCAUUGGAACAACUAAGAACUGCGAGACGGCGGUGAAAUUCUACAAGAGUGUGGCAGACAAGGCCAUUGCCUGGCACAGAUCUGGUCCUCCUGGUGGUAGAGCUUGGGUCCAACAACAAUGGCGAAUCUCGGAUGACCACGGAGGUAUCUACGGAGAAGGGGCAAGUGCUUCAAGUGCAGGUAUGAACGCUUUCAAGCCGAGUUACGGAUCCGACGCGAAUGCUGCCAUCGACGACGUGAUUGAGUACCUCGAUUUGAUGUCUCAAAAGGGCGACUUUAAGGCAUCGUUCAACUUGGGAAGGAUAUACUACGAGGGCCAGCGGGGCCUUGACCCCGACAUCGAUACUGCUCUCAGGUACUUCAGCAAGGUCGUGUCCCGCUACUGGAAGCAAGAUGGACGACUACACGAAAGCCCUAAGCCGGGCCUGGAGAAGAUUGCUACCAAGGCGGCUGGCUACAUUGGCCGGAUGUACCUCAGGGGCGAUGGUGUUGCUCAGAACUUUGCAAGGGCAAGACUUUGGUUUGAGCGUGGUAUCACGCAAGGAGAUGCCCAGUCGCAGCACGGUCUCGCUCUGAUGCUGCUUCAUGGAUACGGGGGAAAGCAAAAUGUGAAGUUGGCCAUGGAACUCUUCAGAGCAUCCGCGGAUCAGGAUUUCCCUGCUGCCAUGGUCCAGAUGGGACAUCUUUACUUGGAUCAGGGCGGCCAGGAGGACGUCAGGAUCGCCAAUAACUACUUCGAACUUGCGGGACGACACGGCAACAUCGAGGCGCACUACUACAUUGCAGAGAUGAUCCACCAUGGCGUUGGACGGGAGAAGCUCUGCGGUGCCUCGCUCACAUACUACAAGAGUGUUGCCGAGAAGGCUGAGCCGUUGGUCUCGUCUUGGGGCGAUGCCAACGAUGCGUACGAAGCCGGUGACCAUGACCUUGCGUUCCUGGAAUACCUUCUGGCUGCUGAGCAGGGUUAUGAGAAGGCGCAGACCAACGUGGCAUACAUGCUGGACUCUACACAGGGGCGCUUCGCUCUAUCGUCGUUUCUCCAAGUGGCCCGAGACAAGAGCGGCCUUCUCAAGAACCCAGCGCUCGCACUCGUCUACUGGACUCGAUCAUCGAGACAGUCGAAUGUCGACUCACUUGUCAAGAUGGGUGACUAUUACUUUGACGGCAUUGGCACCGAGGUUGACGUUGCCAAGGCUGUCCAGUGCUACACUGGAGCCUCGGACUAUUCGCAAAGCGCCCAGGCUCUAUACAACCUGGGGUGGAUGCAUGAGAAUGGCAUUGGAUUGGUGCAGGACUUCCACCUAGCCAAGAGGUAUUAUGACCAUGCGCUUGAAGUGAAUGAGGAGGCAUAUUUGCCUGUCACUCUGAGUCUGUUCAAGCUCCGGCUUCGAAGCGCUUGGAACACCUUGACACAUGGACCGAUCCAUUCGAUCCAGGAUGAGCCCAAACCGAAAAAGGUCAGAUCACUGUCAGAAUGGAUCAACCACUUUUUGCAAGAUGACGGGCAGUAUGACGAGGAAUACUAUGCCGGUGAGGAUCUCUACGACGGCGCGCUGGGCAGCGGAGAAGGCGCGGGCGAUGAUGAUGGGAUAAUGGAGAGCCUUCUUAUUGUUGGCAUCACCUUUUCGCUUGUGUUCCUCCUCUGGUGGCGGCAACGGCUGCAGCAGGCACAUCAGGAGGGCGAGGACGCUCGACGAAGAAACCUGGAAGGAUUGCCUCCGAACCCGCGGCCUGAAAACGGCCGUGAUGGUCCUGAUUUUGCUGGGUGGGCUGCGGGAGGUGUCGGCCUGUAA